AUGUCAUCCCCAAUGGGCCGUACGGAGGACGACAGUGAGUUGUUUAAUGGGUUUGGAUCUGCACCCUUACAAAGAAAUGCAAGCUCUGGGAAGAGAAAUCAAAGGUGGUCGUUUCAUGAUAAUUUAAGACCGAACUUAGUAGAGUUGCCAUCAGCAGCAGGUGCUUUAGGACAAAGAAGAAUGAGUGAUAUUACUGGAAUCGAUGGUGUUCAUGCCGAAAUCGAUCCUUAUCAUAUAUCACCGGCACAAUUAUAUUCCACUGAAUCAGGCAGAUUAUUCCAUGCGGGCAAAAUAUGUAUUGCAUUAGCAGGUUUACCGGGAAGAGGUAAAACGCAUUUGUCAGUCUCGUUGACUAGGUAUUUGCGUUGGUUAGGUGUGAAAACACACCUGUUCCAUUUGGGUAAUUAUAGAAGAGCGAACGCCGAAGAUGACUUGCGUCAUGAUUUGUUUGUGCCUACACCUGAUAAUCCCAAAGCUCAUGAAUUCCGUCAAAAGAUCGUAAACGAAUGUCUUAAUGAUAUGUUGAAUUUUUUCAAGAAUGACAAAGGACAGGUUGCUAUUUACGAUGCGGUUAAUGCAUUACCGGAGUAUAGAUUUGAGUUACAUAAGAAGUUUACUGAGUUGAACAUUCAGAUUAUAUUCGUAGAAUCUUCAGUGACUAACGAUGCGAUAAUUAUGAAGAAUAUGGAAGAAGCAGCAAGAUCUUCGCCGGAUUACCAGAAUUGGAGCUACGAGCAGGCGUAUAAGGAUUAUAGCGAGAGAAUCAAGGUUUUGACUCCAUUUUAUCAGGAAAUGGGUGAAGACGACGAUAAAAAUAAAUUGUCUUAUAUUAAAUUCAUCAAUUUUGGCGAUAGAAUAGAAAUGCACAAUUCUAAUUAUGGAUAUCUAAUCAACAAGGUUGUUUUCUUUCUAAUGAAUUCAAGAAUCAAACUGGGUUCUGUUUUCUUUGCACGUUGCUACAAGAAUUCAUUAGACUACUCGUAUGACCCUCCAUUAGAUGAAGCAGGCAUUCAAUACUCAAAAAACCUCACGGAAACCUUAACAGAAUAUUUGAAGGAACAAGGAAAAACAUACUUUGAUGACGAAGAUAAGAGUGGUCCAGGCAGCUCGGCUAGACCGCAAGUUAGCAGAGAGUUGUCUGUGGAUGAAAGACACCCUGCAGCUGGUGUCGACGGUGUUGAUGACAAUUCUUUUGUCGUAUGGACAUCUGUCAAAACAAGAACUAUCGAAUCUACUCAAUUUUUUGCCGAAAAGGAUAUCAACAUCAGGCACAGAAUUCAGCUAUCACAGAAGAACCCAGGAAUUGUUGGAAAUAUGAAUACCGAAGAAAUCGCCGAGAAGUUUCCAACAGAAUAUGAACAAUUUUUGAAAGACCCAUAUCAUCAUAGAUUUUCGAGGGCAGAGCUGUAUCAUGAUUUAGCGAUCAAGAUAGAACCCUUGAUUUUAGAAAUGGAAAGAAUGAGCGGUGACAUCUUGAUAAUUGCCGAUGAUACUGUUUUAAAAGUAUUUUACGGGUAUUUAAUGUCUUGCUCCUGCUACGAUAUUCCAUCUUUACACUUUUCAACUGAUGACAUUAUUGAAAUAAAAUUUAAUGCAUAUUCGAACUCUUCUAAACGAAUUGAAAUUAAAGACUUCAGUUAG